AUGCACAAGCUGGUUUGUUGUCUGCUUUUCAUAGGAUGCUUACAACCUCUCUUCUCUCUGCCCGUCCCUGACUCCAGGGAAGAGGCUCUGAAGCUCUCAGGUCUCGGUACUGGCACUGCUAACCCGCGAGGAGGUAUGAGACAGUUUCAAGCUUUCUUUGGACAAGAUCCUAACAUUUUCCUGAGUCAUCUUUUGGCCAGAAUCAGGAAACAAUAUAAGAAACGUGGAUCUCCUUCUGAAUGCUUCUGGAAAUACUGUGUCUGA